CUUUAGCAAACAACCAAUCAUGUGGCCGGAUUAAGUUUCAAGACAUGUUAUAGUCCCGCCCCGGGCUCUUUUGCAAAUAUAAUGGCGGCUGCUCGGCUGAAAGACGUGCUCGUGCAGUGGUGCUUGAAAACUUCACCCUUUCACUUGGUCACAGAUUCACGCACCCCUCCCCCUCCGCAAAUCCUGAGGGAAAAAGUCGUCUGAUAAUUUCACGCCGCAGGGAGCGCCCAAGGCGGAACGAUUCUCCUCACAUCCACCGCCUGUUGCCACUAGAUAACGACAUGGCAGCUGCUACUGAUGCUAAACCUCCAUUCGACGGCGAUUUAACCACAGACAGCGGCUUUCUCUCACAAAAUCCGCUCACAACACCGCUGGACGUCACGGUCGAAGGGCUAGGAGAAGAAGCAAACUCCUCGGCAAAAACGCCUGCAAAUACAGCUGGUCAUGUCGUUAGUGCAGAGAAUGGCGAUCCAGGGAUUGAGCAACUUAAGAGUUCUAACGGCACUGCGGGUCUUAAGGGCACCGAGACAAAAGCCACAAGCCAGGGUGAAAGUUUGCAGACAGAAGCCGCUGGUACCGAGGACGGACAGGAAGACAGUGGGCUGGUGGAAAUGGCAAGUAAGGCCAGCAGCGACACAGUCUCACAGACAGGAAGUGAACCUAAAGAGGAUGUAACGUUACAACAAGAUGGAGGACAGGGGAACAGGGAAGGACAGAGGUCACUUCCUGAAGAUACCGGCACAGCAAGAAACACAAGAUUAUCCGGUAGUCCUUGGGACAACAGGACAAGUCCGCUAAGUUUUGAUCGUCAUUCCCCUGUCACCCCGUGGCCCCUGGAAACCAUGAGCGUUUACGUGGACAAGAUGAGUGAACAUGAAGGGGAGGGGAGGAGGAGGAUGCUUGAAGAGCGGUGGCUACAGCUGUUCCAGGAGAUGGAGAUACGCCACCAGGAACAUAUGCUGGCCCAGCAGGAAGCUCAUCAGCGUCAGAUCCGACACAUCCAGGUUCAGAUCGAGCGAGAAAUGCUCCACCACCAGCUGAGGCAGGACAGACGGAGCGACAGCGGAGGGAAGAACAGCUCCGGGAUCGGGUCUUCCCGUGGGAGUCCUGCAAAGGAAGAGCAAUUUUCAAUCACGCCUAUCCCAGAAAACCAACUUAACGGCAGUGCCACAGAUAUUGCAGAUAGCUUAGAAAACAUUUCAAGGCAGACAAGUAAAAUGCAAGAUAACAGUCCGGAAUCAAUCGGUUAGCCUUUCUCUCAACAAAGUGUACCAAGGAUGCAGGCCACUGAUGCUACUGACGAAGAUGAAGAUUUUCCCAGCGUUUCAACUACCAACACGCCCAAAGCAAAGCAGCGUGAAACAAACAGGCUACACGGUCAGAGUGAGGUUAUCGCAGCACAGUGGCCCUUGCGGGAACCCCAAACAGACCCUCAACUCACAAAACCUUUAACGACUUGGUCAAAGAGACAACAAUCUGUUCAACAGAAGUCAAGGGACGACCCGAAACCACCAAAUGAUUCUAUAAAGAUGAGGAACAAAGAGGAACCAGUAAACAAGUUUUAUCCGAGUACACCAUCUAGUCGGUACCCAGCUCACGAUGCACAGAUUCUAAAAAUAGGCGAGAAUGGUUCCGUGACAGAAGAGUUUCUACCAGCAGGGCCAAUGGAAAGUGUAAGUCCAUCUACAACAGUGUGUUCAGGCUUCUCGUAUUGGAAGAUGGAUGAAAACGAUUUGUACCAGAAGUUGCCGGAUGACCUGAUGUUGAAUGAGGUAUCGGUAGAGUUGUCACCUCCGGGGGCGGUAGUACCAUCCCAGCAUCCUCCUGGAGUACAGGCUCAUUCCCAGCUGGGUACUGAAGUCCAAAGGCAGCCUCCAUCCCAGGGUCAACUGCCACCUGAUCCAAUGACAGUUGCACAGAUGACCCCAGGUACAAAAUUAAAGACAGAGCUUCGAGACAGACAUGAGAAAAUGAAGGCUACCAUGGAGGAUGUGGACAUGAUCUCAGAUCGCAUGGGAACGGCCAAGGAUCCCUCCCUUCCUGAGGAUCCAGUAGUGGCAUCAAACAUUCGGGUUAACCUUCGUGAGAAGCACGCUCGCCACAUGGCGGACCUGCGGGCAUACUACGAGGAGGAGAUCACAGAACUGCGCGGCCAGCUGGAGCGAGCCAAUAACCAGUCUCCUUACAAGAGGCUGGAGGACGGGAACAAGAGGCUGAGGGAGAGGUGUGAACACCUGGAGGAGACCCUGCAGUCAGCCAAUGGUCGAAUCCAGGACCUAGAGAACACAGUACAGUCUAUGGAGGUCAAACAGCAGUCACCAGCACCCCCCUCUGUACCAGUGGAGAACAUCAUGAGUGAAAAUGAGCGGCUUAGACAGAAAGUUGCAGAGCUUGAAAAGGCCCUAGCAGAUGCCAACAGACAUGUUGGUGAGUUAGAGUCCACUUUGUCAUCACUGGAAAAGUCGCAGUCUCAGCUCCAGAGCCUGAACAGUGUCACGUCCUCUCCCAUGUACACAGAGCUGGUACAGGCCAACAACAGGCUCCGCACCAGGUGUCAACAGGCUGAGGAACAGGCACAACAGUCUCAUGUCCGUAUCCACAACUUGGAAAGCCAACUUCAUAGUCUUCAAGGAAAGCUGACAGAAUGGUCGGAGCAUUACGAGAACACGACGCGUACCGUGGAGGUCCUUCAGGAUAACCUGGAGCAGACGAGAAGACAGUCGUCCAUGGAUGCCGACACCGUCCUCAAACUAGAGACCCGCAACAGGCAACUGGAAAGGGAGAUGCAAGAAACACUGAAGGCUGAUGCUAUGAGAGCAUCUGCAAUUGAGAUUGAGCAAAACCUAAUGCGGAAGGUUGUAGAGGAGUAUGGAGCCUUAGGAAGAGAACACCAGAGCACCAAGGCUGCUUUAAAGGAGGCAGAAGACAAGCUGUUUGAUGCCAGGUCAGAGGUGGUGGAGAUGAAGAGGGCAAUAGGGAAGCUGGAGGUCCAGCUGAAGCAGGUGGAACAUGAGAACAACCUGAUGAGGGAGAAGGGUCUUUCUCCGUCUAUCACCCUGGCAGAAAUCCAGCAGACCCUGAGUACUUCAGGAGGGCGUUUCUCGUCCCCCACGGCACGCCGCAGGUGGCUGGCACCCAGCACACAGCACAACGUGUUCACAGGAGAGCCCAUGGACCGCAGCCCCUCCUACAUCCACACAGCACCACAGGGAACACAACAGGAGGCUGAAGCAGAACGCCCCCUAUCUCCCAUGAUCCAAGCUGCAAUCGAGCUGGACAGGAGGAAACAAGACCCCACCCAACAGAAGUCUCCCAAACGGUACGGCAGCGAUGAGACGUCCAGUGAAAUGAUGGACUCAGAGGAUGACAGAAGAACAUAUAGAGAACCGAGGUACUCACCAAAGAGAGCCCGACCAGGAACUCCCAAGAGGAACCAACAAACACAGACCCCACCCAAAACUGGGCAGGGCAGAGGCACUGACAGAUUCUCUGGAAAGAACAGAAGCCCAAAGAAAAGUCUGUCACCCAAGUUCCAACCUCUGGGCAAAGAGAAUGAAAGAGAAGACAGGUAUGGUGUAGAAGUGCCCACUAGAGACAAUGGAGCAUCACUACGGAGAAAUCUUCACUUCACUACGCCAACACAACAAGGUACAUUGGUGGACCCUCGUGUGUCGUCAGCAGUAGAAGCGGUGAAGUCUGGUACAGUGACGUCGCGCCCUGAGUGGGAGGACAAACGUACCACACUAGCUACUGACAGGAAGACUCCAAAGAGACCAUCCCCAGUAAGACCACCUUAUGACACAGAUGAUGCCCUGAGGGAGAGGAUGGCCAAGGUUCAGGAUGUGGAGAGGAGAUUUGAUGAGCUAAACGAGGAAAAAAGACAGUUGGAGUCCUCCCUCAGUCGCAUUCCCAGCUCAGGACCAAGGCUCACAAGGCAACUCAAGCUGGAUCAGGAGGCCCUAGAAGACAGGCUAGACAAAGUUCUGAAGGAGCUGGGUUCUGUGCGCAUGACACUGAGAAGGUACAACGUUCUACGUUCCUGAGUCAACACUUAGUACAAACCAAACUUCAAAUGAUGAUGAUUGUAAAAGUGCAUUCCAUGGUCCAGGUAGCCUGUGAAAGACAUGCCCUAAUGUCAAAUGAAUGGUGUUGUGAUUCACUACUAUCUGUAAAGUUAGUAUAACUGCCCUUCGGUAUAACACAUCAGCUUCGCAGGCAC